AUGCAUAUGGGUAAGCCUGUUGGUUUGCUGAUUAAUCUGCGAGAAUUUUUACCAAAUCCGAUUCAUUUAUUAUGGUCUGUAUCGAUUGUAUCGAGAGUUGACACAGCACAUCGUGCGACAGUUCACGAUGCUCAAAUGAAUUUCUAUGGAACGAAGUUGGCAACGUGCUCGAGUGAUUGUCUUGUUAAAAUUUUCGAGUUAAAACCUUCUGGGCAAACGUAUCUUGUAGCAGAACUCAGUGGGCAUGAUGGUCCCGUAUGGCAAGUUGUGUGGGCCCAUCCUAAAUUUGAUAAUAUUUUGGCAUCAUGUUCCUAUGACAAGAAAGUAAUCAUCUGGAAAGAAAUCUCUGGUAAAUGGCAGAAAAUUUAUGAAUGGAAUCAACAUGAAGCUAGUGUUAAUUCCAUCUGUUGGGCACCUCAUCAGCGUGGAUUAAUCUUAGCUUGUGCGUCUACUGAUACUUCUCUAUCAUUACUAUCAUUCGUUCCCGAAACUGGGACGUGGAAUUCACGAAAAAUUUUGAAUGCCCAUGAACAAGGUUGCAAUGCUGUCUCAUGGGCUCCAGCUUUAUAUUCAACGUCAACUGCUCAAGCAGAAACAAUGACUGCCACAAAACGUUUGGUUUCUGGCGGAAAUGAUAACCUUGUUAAAAUAUGGAAAGAAAGUCCUGAUGGAAUUUGGAAUUUAGAACAUAAUUUAGAAAGCCACACCGAUUGGGUACGAGAUGUUGCUUGGGCACCAGCUAUUACUAGCACUAUUAAUACAAUUGCUUCUUGUGGACAAGAUAGACGAGUUCUUAUUUGGCGAUGCUCUAAUUUAAAUGACGGAAACUGGAGUGCAGUUGAACUUCAUAUUUUUGAUGACGUACUCUGGCACGUUAGUUGGUCAUUAUGUGCGACCAUUCUUGCUGUAUCAGGUGGAGACAAUAAGGUGACUUUAUGGAAGGAGAAUCUGCAGAAUUCAUGGAUACGAAUAUCAGAAGUCGAUGAAGAAAAGAAAAAAUGA